AUCUCAUUCCUCCAUUUGGGUAACACAUAUUGCCAAUGGCUCCUUCAUCACCCAACAAUGUCGUGUGUGUUAUGGAUGCUUCGACCCCUCUCGGCAUCGCCCUCGUUGACCGUCUCCUCCAUCUCAAGUUCACCGUCCACGCCGCUAUUCACUCGAGUAUCAGCGAGUUCAUGUUCAAUGGAUAUGACAAUAAGAGCCUCAAGAUCUUCCACUCUGACCCGUUUGAUUACCAUAGCAUAGUCGAUGCGUUGAGAGGGUGUUGUGGCUUGUUUUACACGUUUGAUCCUCCUCGACACCAACCCACCUUUGAUGACGAUGAAAUGAUGGUGAUGGGAGAGAUGGAGGUGAGAGCGGCACAUAAUGUGUUGGAGGCUUGUGCUCAAACUGACACUAUUGAUAAGGUUGUCUUUACAUCUUCUGUCGCCGCUGUUAUUUGGGGGCAGGAUCGUAAUUCCACAUCUAUUUCUCAUUUAGAUGAGAGAUUCUGGAGCGAUGUCCACUUUUGCCGCAAAUUUAAGCUGUGGCAUGGGCUGGCAAAGACGCUAGCAGAGAAGACUGCAUGGGCAUUAGCUAGGGACAGAGGAGUCAACAUGGUAUCGGUCAACGCAGGGCUGUUGGUGGGCCCCGAUUUGACCAUUGAUAAUCCGUAUUUAAAAGGAGCGGCGGAGAUGUACGAAAGUGGAUUGUUUGUGACCGUUGAUUUGAACUACUUGGUGGAGGCCCACAUUCGUGUGUUCCAAGAUCUCUCAUCGUACGGUCGGUACAUCUGUUUCAACCACGUCAUCAACACCAAUGAUGAUGCAGCUGAUCUCGCCCGCAAAUUGACGUCUUUGCCCCCAGGAGAAGAGCAGCAAUUUGCGAGGGAGAUUCCACAGAGAAUAAGCAACAAGAAGCUGAACAAAUUGUUGAUGAAUUUUAAGGGAGAAGAGCAAAUAGAUUGAAGGAUAGUUCAAUUUUAUUUUUAAAAAAUAAAAUAAAAAUGUGUAUAUGAGAGAUAUGAGAAAAGUGUCUCGAUGUUGUAUGUAUUAAUUAUGUAAUGGCCCACGCUCACCGCUAGCAGAUACUGACAUAUCGGUUUCCCCUUCGGGGCCUAGUGUCCUUACUGGCACAUCGGUUCGUGUCUAUCCCCCUUUGGGGAACAACCUUCUCGUUGGCAUAUAGUCUAGUGUUUGACUCUAAUACCAUUUGUAACGGCCUAAGCCCACCGUUUGCAGAUAUUGUCUUUUUUGAAUUUUUUGUUAGGCUUCCUGUUAAGGAUUUAAAAGGUGUCUGCUAGUGAAAGGUUUUCACACCCUUAUAAAGGAUAUUUCGCUCUUCUCCCCAACCAACGUGGGAUUCUCACAAAUUACUACGGGAGACAAAUUUUUGGAUCUAUUUUCAAUGAUUUUAAAGAAGCAACCACAUUGUGGCCAGAGACCGUCCAUUUAACCACACAGACGUGGAAUCUCUGUUUAAAAGGAAAAUGAGACGAAGAGUGGAGAGGAAUUUCUAAUCGCUAACUAAAUGUGGCCGGCGAGAAAAGGCAAGUCUAUUAGAUGCCUUAGGAAAGCGUGUGCAAGUUUCUUAUUGUUAGGAACAACUUUGGACAUUGGUAUGAUGUUGUCUAUCUUGAGUAUAGA